AUGUCUGGACGCGGCAAAGGUGGCAAGGGUCUCGGAAAGGGCGGUGCUAAGCGCCACAGGAAGAUUCUGCGCGACAACAUCCAGGGUAUCACCAAGCCCGCUAUCCGCCGUCUCGCCCGUCGUGGUGGUGUCAAGCGUAUCUCAGGUCUCAUCUACGAGGAGACUCGCGGUGUCCUGAAGAUUUUCUUGGAGAAUGUCAUCCGGGACUCGGUUACUUACACCGAGCACGCCAAGAGGAAAACUGUCACCGCCCUCGAUGUUGUCUACGCCCUCAAGCGGUCCGGCAGGACCCUGUACGGUUUCGGUGCCUAA